AUGGCCGAACAACUGGCAGGCGCGUACCUUCGCGGUCGAAUCGGCGCGCUGGCGGACAACGACGUGUUCUCGGGCGGCCUCAUGCUCGUCCUGAUGGGAAUGGUCGCGGCCUACGUCGGCUGGACGGCCCAGUGGCUGUGGGACCGGUUCUGGCGCGAGUUCGUCGUGUCGCUCGAGGUGCGCAAGGAGGACGAGGCCUUCGCGUGGAUCAUGAAGUGGCUCGCUCACCAGACCGAGCGCGCCAACGGGCGCGACCUGAGCAUGCUCACCACGCGCGACAACCGCCAAGACCGCUGGAACGGCGCCGAGGCCGCCACCAAGCCCCAGCUCCACUUCGGCCCUGCUCCCGGCCAGCACUUCCUGCGCUACCGCGGGCGGUGGAUCACCGUGCAGCGCGUGGUCAAGGAGAACGGCGGCGGAAGCGGGAACAACAGCCUCGAACUGCAGGAGACCAUCAAGCUGCAGACCUUCGGCCGCGACCCGCAGAGGCGCGCCAUCGCGUCGGUGCACUUCCCGGAGGGCGUGGUCGAGGAGCUGGUGGCCGACGUGCGCGAGUUCCUGGCCAUGGGCGAGUGGUACAAGCGGCGCGGCAUUCCGCACCGGCGCGGCUACAUGCUCUACGGCGAGCCCGGCUGCGGCAAGAGCAGCUUCGCCACGGCUCUGGCUGGCGAGCUGGGCCUCAACCUGUGCGUGUGCAGCCUGGCCAGCGCGAGCCUCGACGACGACUCGCUCCAGGAGUUCCUGCGCAAGAUGCCCAAGGGCAGCAUCCUCCUGCUGGAGGACAUCGACGCCGCCUUCAUCCAGCGCACGAAGAACGUCGACCAGUCGCACAGCAAGAACAAGGUCACCUUCAGCGGCCUGCUCAACGCGCUCGACGGUGCCGUGGCGUUCGAGGGCUCGCUGGUGCUGAUGACCACCAACCACCGCGAGCUGCUCGACCCGGCGCUCACCCGGCCGGGCCGCGUGGACAUGGCGAUCUACGUGGGACUGGCCCGCCGCGACCAAGUGCGCCGCCUGUUCGCCUACUUUUACCACCCGUGGGAGGCCCAGAAGAACGAACGCGACGACAGCGAAGACGAUAAGAAGAACGAAGACGACGGCAAGCGGCGCCUGGCGGAGGUGGACGAGCUGGCGCAGCGGUUCGCGGAGCUGGUGCCCGAGGAGCGGCUGUCGAUGGCGAGCCUGCAGGGCUUCCUGCUGCGACACAAGCUCGACCCGCAGGCUGCGAUCGACAACGUGGCGCGGUUCGUCGAGGCCGAGCUGGAGCGUAUCAAGAACGAGAAGGCCGCCAGACGCAAGAACAAGAAGGCUGCAGACGAUGACCACAACGACAACGACGAUCAAAACGAGGAAGCCAAGGGCGACGAGACCAAGGAGGAGGAGGAGGUGGAGGUCAAGAUCGCCCAGGCCAAGGUAGGAGAGGUAAAGGAGAAUGAAGCGGCAGCUGACCAGCUCGAGGGGAUUGUAAUUGUCUCCGCCACAUCCGCCUGA